AUGGCUUCUUCGCGUCCGCCUCGCCCGCGGCCGCCCAAGCGCCGAAUCAUCAUCGAGCUGCCCUCGCGGCCGGCCGACUACGUCCCCAACUCGGGCCCGCUUCUGCGGCUGCCCUUUCUCCAGCCGCCCGCAGACUCGACGGCGUACAUUGACGACCGCAUCCUGCUGCCGCCCGCGGGGCUCGCGGCCGCCGACGGCCGGCCGCUGCCCAAGCGCAUGAAGUACAUUGUCGGGUGGUGGGACCUGCCCGCCGCGCGGCUGCUCGUGCCGGCCAUGGACGUGCUCGACUACGUCUCCCCGCACGCGCUCGAGGAGUGGGAGUACAAGAUGGAGCUGGAGCUCGACGCCGCCGUCGUCGCCGAGACGGAGGGCGGCAGCGGCGGCGAGCAGGGCCGCCUGCACGGCGGUGCGAUGGGCAGCCUGUCCACCCCCCGGAAGCGCAAGCGCAAGGAGUUUCUGGAAAGCGGCAGCAGCGAGGAGAGCCCCUCGGAGCAGCUCCGGCUGGACGUUGCGCGGGCGAAGCGCGCACGGGAGCUGGACGUGGCGGUUCCGCACCCGCUGCGCCCGGUGCCCGUGGCGCCGAUGGCUCCCGUGGCGCCAAUGGUGCUGGAUGACGGCGCGCGCUUGCACACUGCGAAAAACCAGCUGCUGAAGAGGCCGGGCGUGGCGCCGCCGAUGACGAUGCCGCUCGUGUCUGCGGCGGCCGCGACGAAAUCAAGGCCAGCAUCGCCUGCGGUGCGGCUUCCGCUUGCCAAAGCGCGCGAGCGCGACAUUGCCAGACCGUCUACGAGCGAACAGGGAAAGCUGUCCAUGCGCGACCCAGCUAGACAGUCUACGAGCGAAUCAGUCAAGCCGCAUAAACGCGAUCCAGUCGAGCACACCAAGCAGUCUAUGCGCGACCCAGCUAAACAAGCUAUGCGCGACCCAACUAAAACGUCUACCCGCGAACUAGCUAAACCGUCUAAACGCGAUUCAGUUGAACCGGGCAAGCUGUCUAUGCGUGACCUAGCCAAACCAUAUACACGCGACCCAGCCAAGCAGUCCAUAAGCGACCUAGCCAAACCGUCUAUGCGCGAACAAACUAAAACGUCUAUGCGCGACCCAGCCAGGCUGUCUAUGGGCGAAUCAGCCAACCUGUCUAUACGCAACCCAGCCAAACCAUCCACCCACACGAAACAGCACUCCUCGAGACCAAUGACAGAAUACCUCUCCGCGGUGCCGAAACAUCCCGUUCCGCCACAGCCUUCCGCGCAGCGCCCCAGCAAGCGACCAUCAGAAACACACGCCGAAAAGUCCCAUCCACGGCCGCAUGCCCAGCCCAAGUAUCGACCGCACGUGGCCCAGAAAAAGAAACCCUCGAGAUCCCACGCACGAAGCCGAUCUCCAGACCGGUCAAAAGGAAAACAGCCCGCGCUCCCCAUAUUCUCCGACUCGGACAGCGACGAGCCCGACUGGGCCGUCGAGUGCCUCGAGGACAUGGAGCUGUACGACGUCGAAGGCCGCGGCCUCAUCCGCUACUUCAAGGUGCGCUGGGAGGGCGACUGGCCGCCCGACCAAAAAUCGACCUGGGAGCCCGAGGAGAACAUCCCGGACCACCUCGUCCGCGAGUUUUGCCGCACGGUUGCCGAGCAGAAGCGCAAGGCCGCGUCGUCGUUGGAACCGCGCCAUGGCAGCAAGGCGGAGGAGGAUAUGGCGCGACUCCCGCCUCUUCGGCCGACGAACAUGGCGAGAAGCCAGGGGGUGGGCAAGAAGGAGGAGGAGGAGGAGGAAGAUCGCCCGUCGAGUGCGAAUAGCGGCAUGUUUGUCUACUCGAGCGACGACGGCAUGGACAAGCACGUCUGGGACGCGCCCAACUCGCAGGGCGCGCGGCCGAAUUUGAAUCUUGUGUAUCCAGCGCCGAUGCUGUGA